AUGUUCUCGUUACCAAUAAGCGCGGCAGAGUUGGCAUUCCUUAUCCCUCUAGCUUCAGUGGCGUUCCUCGUCUUGAAGCCUCUUCUUCAUUAUCUUCUUGAUCCUCUCGACUUGAGAAAAUAUCCGGUCCCAAGCUUCCUUGCAGCAACGACUCAUUUCUGGAUCCUAAAGGAGACAUGGCUCCAGCGACGGUCCAGAAGCAUUCAUCGUCAGCAUGAAAGACUUGGUGAUAUCAUCCGAAUCGCGCCUAGUCUCCUCAUCUUCAACAUCCCGGAAGCCGUACCUGACAUAUAUGGCCAUGCUGCAGCUCGAAAGCUUGUGAAAGAUACGUUCUAUGACAAGAUCGCUGGUGAUGAGCGCGACAUUGUCAACGUCAUUGACCAUGGUGAUCAUUCUCGACGGAGAAAAUACCUUGCCAACUCAUUCGCUCUGAAAACAGUUACGGACAUGGAGCCUGCCAUUAGACAGAAUCUCCAGAGAUUGAUUGACUACUUAGAUGAAAUUACAACCCAGAGCAUUACGAGUCAGACAUUAGAUAUUCGACGAUGGUUCAACUACUUCACUUUGGACGUCAUCGGGGACAUGGCUUUUGGCCUCCCUAUGGGCUUCCUAGCAGGAAGAUGCGAUACCACAAGAGUGAAAUCUCCUGCAGGGCAUGAAUAUUGUAUCCUUAGUACUAUUGAUGCACUACAUCGAGGGACAAGAUUGUCCACGACUUUAGCUCAGCUAUCCAGCAUUCGAUGCGUCAAAGUCAUCAAACGACUGUGUAAUUCCACAAAUUGGUUGAAACAAUCAACUGGAGCUCAGGGUAUCAAAGAUUUCGAUAAUGUCUGCAUCAGCCAGCUAAAUGGGAGACUGGACAACGGCUCACCAGAUCGUCCUCAACGAGACUUCAUGAACAAGAUUCUGAAGGACCGCGAGGGGGGGACUCGAGAGCUUUCAUUCCAAAGACUUUUAGCUGAAUCCAUCGUCUUCAUGAAUGCUGGUAGCGAAACUACUGCUGCCGCUCUUUCAAGUACUCUAUACUUUUUGCUCUCGAAUCCAAAAUGCUUCGAGAAGCUACGAACUGAGAUCGACGCCAGACUAGAGCCUAAUCAUGACGGAAUUGUCUCAUACGAUUCUGCUAGAGACGUUCCGUAUUUGAGAGCAUGUAUUGACGAGUCAUUGAGACUUCGACCCCCAAUUGCCUACGCUCUGCAGCGUCUCGUGGUCUCUCCCCAAGGCGCAAUUAUUGCGGGCCAUCACAUCAAACAAGGGACGACUGUCGCAGUUUCACCAUGGACUGUUCACCGGAACAGGAAACUGUAUAAGAACCCUGAUGAAUUCGAUCCAGGGCGCUGGUUUGACCCAGAGCAAUUGUCCAAUCUCAGAAGGUACAACAUCGUGUUCAGUCAGGGACCGCGUCAAUGCCUUGGCAGGCACAUUGCGAUUGUUGAACUGCAGAUAUUGAUUUCAACCCUGGUACGGAGAUACAACAUUUACUUGGCGGACCAAGCAAUGGACUUCGUCAUCUUUGAUCGAUUCAACUCGAACCCUGGACCCCUUCCUGUCAAGGUGGAACAGCGAGUAUUUGUGGACUAG